AAAAGAAUAUAUUAUCGAUCCCUUUAAUUUUCAAUAUGGGUAAAGUAAUAAUAUUUGGAGCAAUUUGUUUAGCCAUACUUUUUAUGUCAGUCACAGCUUCUAGCUUUCGUACUACAAUUACCAUAUCUGAAAACCCAAAAGAACAAAUUUCUCAAAGUUGCCAGCAGCAAAUGCAAAGGGCACAGAACUUACGUUCUUGUGAAGAGUAUUUAAGACAAAGCCAUAAAUUUACUGAGGAAGAGGAAAUAUAUAUGGACCAACAAAGUGGAGACUGGCGCCAAUCAUUCCCAAGAUGCUGCGAGCAGUUGGAAGAGAUACAAGAGGAGCAAUGCCGGUGCGAGGGAAUAAAGGAAGUGGUGCAGCAGGAGCAAAAAAGAGGAGAAUUACAGGGAAGAGAAAUGCGAGAGGUUUUAAAGACUGCACAGAGCCUUCCUGAUUUAUGCCGCAUUGCCCCUCACCAAUGCCAAAAUAUUCCAACCGGUGGCACUUUCUUCUAAUUAAGAGGGGAUUAUGAAAUAGCAAGCCUUAGUUAGCUUGCUUUUUUUUAUUAUUAUAAUAAAAAAUAAAAUGAGUAGUAGUAUUACUAGCUUAGUUAAUGAAUAAUUAAUCACCUCAUUGGUGCCUGUGUUGUGUUGUUGUCCAGGCAGUUUAAUUUGGUGUACGUGCUUGUAAUGUUUUUGAGUCAUUUUAAUUAAUAAUAAUAUGAUAAUACUUUCUAUUU